AUGUCAGCGAGGGGCGCGGGGGAAAGGCACCUGCACGCCGCGCGGCCGUCGACCCCGGCUGCCCCGCCCCUCGCCCUUCGCGGCCCUCCCGCCUCUCGUAGAGCAGCAUCCUGCGCCGCGCGCCGGGAGCCUGCGUGCUACGACCGGCCAGGCCGACUCGACUGUGGCCAUACUGUUGUUUUAGAAUCCACCAACAACAAACUGUAG